AUGACAAAUAACUUUGGAAGAGUCUUUGGUAAAGGAGGAUUUGGAAUUGUCUAUCAUGGGAUUGUAAAUGGUACUGAACAGGUAGCUGUUAAAAUGCUUUCACAUUCUUCUUCUCAAGGGUAUAAAGAAUUUAAGGCAGAGGUGGAACUUCUUCUUAGAGUUUACCACAAAAAUUUGGUUGGCCUGGUUGGAUAUUGUGAUGAAGGAGAAAAUUUGGCUCUUAUAUAUGAAUACAUGGCUAACGGAGACUUGAAAGAACAUAUGUCAGGAAAACGAGGUGGAUCUAUCUUUAACUGGGAAACUAGACUGAAAAUAGUCGUCGAAUCUGCACAAGGUUUGGAAUACUUGCAUAAUGGAUGCAAACCACCAAUGGUUCAUAGGGAUGUCAAAACCACAAAUAUAUUGUUGAAUGAACAUUUUCAAGCCAAGUUAGCUGAUUUUGGGCUUUCAAGAUCUUUUCCGGUUGAAGGAGAAACUCAUGUGUCGACAGUAGUUGCUGGAACUCCUGGAUAUCUUGAUCCAGAUCGUGAAAAACCACAUAUAGCAGAAUGGGUUGGGUUAAUGCUUACAAAAGGAGACCUCAAAACCAUUAUGGAUCCAAAACUCUAUGGAGAUUAUGACUCUGAUUCUGUCUGGAGGGCAGUUGAACUAGCGAUGUCGUGUCUAAAUCCUUCUUCAGCUAGAAGACCAACCAUGUCUCAAGUUGUUACUCAAUUAAAUGAGUGCUUGGCAUAUGAAAACUCAAGGGGAGGAACAAGUCAAAACAUGAACUCGCAGAGUUCUGUAGAAGUGAGCAUGAACUUUGAUAUUGGAAGUACCCCUGAUGCUUGCUAG